AGGGCAUAGUUCUCCUCAUACCAGUCUCCUUUACUGCAGCUCACUGACAUGGAGCUUUACACCGGACUCCUUACCCCUUUUCUUCUUGCUCUACUCCUUCUUUUCAUGGUUAAAAAGGUGUUUGGGAAGACAGGGAACCUUCCCCCAGGUCCCAGGCCUCUACCUAUCUUAGGAAACCUGCUGCAGCUCAAGAGUCGAGAGAUACACAAACCCAUACUGGAGCUUAGUAAGAAGUAUGGACCCGUCUACACGCUGUAUAUGGGUCCAAAGCCUGCUGUAGUGCUUUGUGGCUUCCAGGCGGUGAAGGAAGCCCUAGUGGACAAUGGCGACAAGUUCAGCGGACGAGCAGAGUUUCCAAUUGUGGAUUUAACCAGCAAGGGAUACGGAAUUGCCUUCAGUAAUGGGAAACGCUGGAAAGAACUGAGAAGGUUCUCGUUGAGCACCCUACGUAAUUUUGGAAUGGGUAAACGAAGCAUUGAGGAACGGAUCCAAGAAGAGAUUCAGUAUCUGCUAGACAUAUUUGCAGAAACAAAAGGUUCCCUCUUCAGCCCAGCGUUCUUCAUUCGCCGCUCCAUCUCAAAUGUCAUCUGUUCCGUCCUCUUUGGGAGGAGAUUUGAGUACACAGAUCCAAAGCUGCAGACACUGCUGGACCUUGUAGCUGAGAAUCUUAGAAGGGUGGACAACAUUUGGGUUCAGUUGUACAAUUUUAUACCAUCAAUUCUACAUUACCUUCCGGGACCUCAUCAUAAGCUGACAGAGAACUACCAAGCACAGCUGGACUACGCAGAAGCUAUAGUGCGGGAGCAUGAGGAUACACUGGACCCUUCUUCCCCCCGAGACUAUAUUGAUGCCUUCCUCAUAAAGAUGCAACAGGAAAGCGAGAACCCGCAUUCAGAAUUCAACUUGCCAAAUUUACUUUCCUCAGCGCUAGAUAUAUUUUUUGCGGGGCAGGAAACCACUAGCAGUACUCUGGGAUAUAGUCUGCUAAUCCUAAUGAAGUAUCCACAUAUCAAAAAAAAGGUCCAAGCUGAGUUAGAGAAUGUGAUUGGCAGAACACGAAGACCUUGUAUGGAGGAUCGAGCCAAAAUGCCUUACACUGAAGCUGUCACCCAUGAAAUUAUGAGAUUCAUUGACUUCUUACCUCUUGGUGCCCCCCAUGCUGUGACAGAGGACACUAUUUUCAGGGGUUACAUGCUACCUAAGGGUACAGUCAUCUUUCCUGUUUUACAUUCCGUAUUAUAUGACCCAACUGUGUUCAAAAGGCCCUAUGUGUUUGAUCCUGAACAUUUUCUCGACCAGAAUGGGUUGUUUAAGAAACAUGAAGGUUUCAUGGCUUUCUCUGCAGGAAAGAGAGCCUGUCCCGGUGAAGGCUUGGCACGUAUGGAGUUAUUCCUAUACCUGACAUCCAUCCUUCAGAAGUUUGACAUACGCUCUGAUAUACCUCCAGAAGACAUAGACCUCUCCCCUGAAUAUAGCGGCUUUGGAAAAAUGGCUCCAACCUUCCAAAUGAGAUUUUCCCCUAUAAUAGAAACCGAGUGAAGUUCCUAAAAUUUUGGCUUUAUUUUUUCACCACAAUGCACAGAAUAUUUUGAUACCUCACUUUUUUAGGAUCAUAAAUGGAUGUUAUUGUCUUUUUAUGUCUAUGUUAUUGUCUUUUUAUGUCCAUGUCUAAUAAUCUAGAGAUUUAUCAUGACAAGAUUUUUAAAGAAUAUUUAAAAUCUGUUUUGCAAGAAUUUGUGGCAGUCUAACACUUCUCUCUUGAGAUGAUACUCCACUUUCUACACCAACCCCUUACUGGAGUAAGAUACCGACAUUAUUUACAUCUUUUUAAAAAGUCACAGUCAAUAAAUGUGGUGUAAAACAUCUCAAAAGUCUAACCAAACUUUCCCACUCAAUUUUUAAAACAGGAAUAAAGUCGAAUUUACACAGCCAGAUGUUCUGGCAAUUGUCUGUAAUGAUUGUUUCUAUGAAUGCUUGUUUCUGAUAAUCUGCCCUUAUAAACGUGCCGCAUAUCACCCGAACAAGCAAAACGCUCAUUCAUCCGGUGAAAAGAUCUGAGGUGCAGACUCCUCAAUCAUCAUUCCUGGGCAGCAGAUUGUGAUGUCUAAACAGAACUUUGCAGCUCAGGAACAAUUAUUUUGUAGCAGUAGCCAUCACUCAUCAUGCUGUGGAGGUGAUCGCUGUACGGAAAUGCCAUGCUUCACCUCCACUUAACGAGCAGCCAAUUGUUGGGAAGGAACGCUUCCUUCCUGAAAUCUGGCUGCUCCUCGCAGCAUCUAAAUGCACUGUAAGGCUUCUGUUUUUACCACGCAAGUGCAAUGCGUUUUGACGCGUUUUUUACACGCGUGAAAAAAAACUUGAAGGUUUACAAACAACAUCUCCUAGCAACCAUCAGUGAAAAAAGCAUUGCCCCCCGACUGCACUCGGAUGCGAUGCAUUUUUCCCUGAAGCCCCCUUCACUUCUAUGGG